GCUAUCCAAGAGUUCUCCAUUGUGACCACUCUGGACAGUGCUCUCAACUCAGAUGCACUGGCCAGGCAGACAGGAAAAGUCCCAUGAACUUUUGAAUUUCAUUUCCUGUUUGGCCAGCGUUGCGAGCUGAUCAGCACAGAUGACCAUGCAGAGCUUAUCAGCAGAGGUGAUCAUGGAGUCCCAGAAUCACAAAAGAGCUCCAGCAUGGACCGAACGGGAGGUACGGGAUCUGAUCACUGUAUGGGAGAUGAAUCCGUGCUAGCUGAACUCUGUUCCAGUAAACGAAAUGCCAAAACAUUCGAAAAAAUCUCCAAGGGCAUGAAGGACAGAGGUUAUAACAGGGACUCGCGGCAGUGCCGUGUGAAAAUUAAGGAGCUCAGACAAGCCUACGAAAAAACCAGAGAGGCAAAUGGCCACUCCGGGUCACAGCCCCAAACAUGCCACUUCUAUGAUGAGCUGCAUGGUAUUCUAGGGGGUGCAGCCACCAGUACCCCAACCAUCAAUGGAGUAGGACGCAACACGGAAACGGGUUUUGGGAAUGAAGAUGAUGAUGAGGAGGAGAUUGAAGUUAACUCAAAGCAAGGAAGCGGAGAAACCGGUUCCCCCAACAGCCAGGAUCUGUUUCUCACCCUGGACCUGGAGCCAGUAACCCCCAAACCCACCCAAGGCAGGCUCCUGGACCCUGAAGGCAGAGAAGGGAUGUCUGCUGCAUGUGUUUCUCCUUCCCAGAGGCUGGCAAAGAUUAGAAGGUGAAAAAAAUACACUCAGGAUAAAAUGUUCUCUGAGCUCAUUCUGUCCUUCCACACUGACAGAGCACAGCAGAAUGCAUGGAGGUAGACAAUGUCAGCGUGCAGGAAAGCACACUAUGAACAUAAGGAGAGGUGGCAGGCUGAAGAGAGUAAGUGGCGGGCUGAAGAUGAUAGGUGGUAUCAGCUUGCUGACAGAAGGCAGGAGUCAGUGCUCAGGCUGCUGGAGCAUCAAUCUCAUAUGCUCCAGUGUAUGGUUGAGCUUCAGGAAAGGCAGCAGGAGCACAGACUGCCACUACAGCCCCUGUGUAACCAACCGUCCUCCUCCCCAAGUUCCAUAGCCUCCUCACCUAGAUGCCCAAAAACGCAGUGGGGGGGACCUCUGGCCACCCAGCCACUCCACUCCAGAGGAUUGCCCAAGCAACAGAAGGCUGGGAUUCAAUAAGUUUUUAAGUUUUAAAGUGCAGUGUGGCCUUGUCCUUCCCUCCUCCUCCACCCCACCCACUGUUUCCCUCCUCCCCCACCCCUCCCAGGCUAC